GCUUGGUUGAUAAAAAAUUAGAUUAAAAAGAAGCGUUUUUUAUAUAUAGCUAUUUAUAGAGACUGAAAAUGUCUGUUGCGUUUGCUUCGGCUCGCCCCAGAAGUAAAGGGGAGGUGACACAACAAACUAUACAAAAGAUGCUGGAUGAAAAUCAUCAUCUGAUACAGUGCAUUAUGGACUAUCAGAGUAAAGGGAAAACGGCGGAAUGCACUCAGUAUCAGCAAAUAUUACACAGAAACCUGGUUUAUCUGGCUACAAUAGCAGAUUCAAAUCAAAACAUGCAGUCAUUGUUACCAGCGCCUCCCACACAGAACAUAAACAUGGGUCCAGGGGGGAUGGGUCAGAGUGGGAGCAGCCAGGCCCUGCACUCCCAGAGCAACCUGAAUGACAGCAUGACCACUGGGCUACCACCCACCUCCCUCAUGCAGAGCCAAAUGAGCAACGGCCCAAGUCACGCCUCCAUGCAGCAGUCAGGCCAGACGUCCCUGCCCUCCACGUCCAUGAGUAUGCCAGUCAGUAGCCACGGCUCGGCCACAGGCUACAGCCACUCGGUGCCGUCUUCACAGGGUGUGCAGAUGCAGAGCCAGGGCCAGUCCAUGGGUAGCUACGCCUCCCGCAGCAACCUCAACAUGCAGUCCAACCAAGUCACAAUGAUGCACCAGCAAGCUGCGACGUCUCAUUACUCCUCAGCUCAAGCGGGGAGCCAGCACUAUCAGGGGCAGCAGUCCAUGGGGAUGCUGGGACAGGGUAACCAAGGCAACAGCAUGAUGGCACAGAGACCCAUGGGAUCCUACCGUCCCUCACAGCAAGGAUCAGCACCGCAGUACAUGGGACAAGACGAGUUCUACGGAGAGCAGUACGGACACAGUCAGAGCUCCAGCGAGCCAAUUAACCAGCAGUAUUACCCUGAUGGUCAUGGGGAUUACUCCUACCAACAAUCCUCUUACAGUGAGCAGGGCUAUGAAAGGUCCUUUGAGGAUUCUUCACAGCAUUACUACGAAGGAGGGAAUUCACAGUACAGCCAACAGCAGAGCUCCUAUCAGCAGGGCUCCAGCCAGCAGCAGUCCUUCAGCCAGCAGCAGUACCCAGCCCAGCAGAACUACAGCGGGCAGCAGCAGGCCUACGGGCCCAGCCAGGGCGCUUCCUCCCAGUACUCCAGCUACCAGCAGGGUCAGGGCCAGCAGUACACCUCAUACCGCUCAUCACAGGCUGCUGCCAGUGGCCAGACACAGAGGCCCUACACAUACGAGCAGGGUCAGUAUGGAAACUACCAGCAAUAAGGUGCUGGAAGUCAAUGACUUUUGGGCAUAUAGAAGAGUAAACAGUUUUGUGUACACUGCUUGAUAGCUCUUUUUUCAUUUCAUUUGUGAUAAACAGUUGGAAAGUAAAGUAGCCCAUAUGAAAUCCAUUUACCUUUCAUUAACUGUUUGACAGUGUGAAUCUGAUUGGCCAAAGAGCCUGUUCAGAGUUGUCUUUUUUGUUUGUGUCUGUCUCAAGAGAAAGCACAAGGGAAAUGUUGUGUGCAUAUAUAUUUUAAAUUCUUCUUGUAACAGAGAAAGGAAUGUGCUUAUUUGUUUAUGAAGUGAUUAGGAGCAGUUUAUCUUAUCAAAUUCAAUCUCUUAUUGUAUCCUGAAUGAAAAAAAAAACACAGUACAAGUCACAGUACUGAAGUAAAAAAGUAAUAUGUGAGAUCUUCUUUGGGUUUAGGCAAACAUACUGUAUAACACUAUUUGUUCAUUUUAUAUAUUUUUAAGACCUUUGCUGUUGGUCUUGGCAUAGGCACUCUGUAUUGCUGUCACUCUCUGACGACUCUCACAGUCAUUAAGAAUCACUGAUAUGGAACAAAGCCUCAAAUUGUGUAAUUCAUGUAGUCCACAUUGAGUGCUACAGCACACUUCAUUGUUGGUGGUGCUGUUGACUCUUGACCUUGUUGCAUGCAUGUGUGUAGCCUUCUGUAGCAAGGCUACAGGUACUAACUCCAGUCAAAUGUACCAUAGUGUAUGUUGUCACUGGAAAAAUAGUUAUUAGCUGUCUACCACUACCAUUCAUUGGCCUUUCUGUCAUCAGUGAGUGUACUUGUCUUGCUCAGCAGGCACCACUAGCAUUGGUGUUCAUAAUGUUCUUUAUCUUUUAUCAUAUGCUGUUGCUUGUUCAGUAGCUCAGAAAAUUCAUAUCAGGCUAUUUUAGUGUAGGUUGGAAAGUCUCAGACAAGGGUGCCAGAUGUUUAUUUCUCUUAAGUGUACUUUUAUUUAGGUAGGGUUGUUUUCUUUGGAUCAAAUUAUAAUGCAUCCAUAGAGUAAAUGUGGCUUUUUAUUUUUAUUUACUUUUAUACAUAUUUUAUAUAUUUAUUCAUUUUUAAUUUGUGUAUUGUUUUUAUUUGCUCUUAAAAUUAUUUUAUUGUACUUUUUUUCUAAAAUAUCCCUGCCCUUUCUGUUAUAAUAUGAAAUUAUUCAUUCAUUGUCAAAUUUGACAAUAAAGUUAUUUAUAGAACGUGACUGGAAAACUACCAAAGGAACGUUUUAGGUCUACAUACUGGAUGUUGGAACAUUUCUUUGUAAAUAUUGUACCUUUACCUAUAUCACCAAGUGCAAUACAUUCAGUCACAAUAAUGGAUAUAGAAAAGCAUGUAUGUGUGAUUUACGGAUGUCUAUGCUCUAGUGUCCUCUUUACAGGGACACAAGGAGCAGAUUUUACAUGCGCUUCUAUAUUUUAUUUCUGGCUUUAUCAUGGCUCUGCAGAAGUUUGCAGGAGCAUUAUCCUGGCAUAUCUAUGUUUAGACUGGCAUAUUUAAUAUGUAUUAUUUAAAAAUAAAUAAAUCACAAAAAUACCAGUAGGUAUUCAUAGAAGUAUUUUAGAAAGUAAGAAAGGCACUGUUCAAUUUGUUUUGAUUUAGAAAAAGACAAAGUAACUUUAUUUGGUGCCCCACAGAUUCUCUGGUUUAACAGUAUUAAUAUGUAGGCAGUGAAUCUAAUGAAAGGGUUAGACCAGGCCAUGCUGUGUUUAUCCACAUGUGGUGUGGGUAUGCUUUUAUAGAAUGUGUAUUUUUCAGACUGAUGUGUAUUGCCUCUGUGUAUGUAUAUGUGUGUAUGUGCGUGUGUGUUUGUGUGCACAUGUUCAUAUGGCAUCUCAGUUUUGCUAAAAGUAUUUUGUUUCAAGUAUGAGAUGUUUGGUUUGUGCUGUGUCCUUGCUGAAAGCAUGUACUGUCAGGUGUAAGGGAGUGUACAGGUGAGAGCUUAGUUGUGUGGUAGACAUUAAGACAUUCAAAACAAAGGUUCCACAGACACAUUUGCCUUAUUGUUUCUAUGACACUGUACAGUAUGAAGUUUUGUGAUUGUUUUGUAUAAAUCAAAGUAGCAUAACCACCAGUAUUGCAAAAACUGGUUUACUGUAGGCUAUAUGAAUCAUAUCUGCUGUGAUAUUGACUGUAAUAAUGCCAUAAUAAUGCAAACCAGGUGCUGAAAUUAUCUUAGCUACAAAGGGGACAGCACAAUUCAUUACCAUUUUGAUGUUACAAAAGGAGUUUGAAAUAGCAUUGAUGUACUUGGCUGUUAGACAGCUUUAUUAUGUUACACAACUGUUCUGUGACAAUCGUAGACUUCUUUCUCUACACUACAUUAUGUGUCAAUUUGAAUUUAUUUGGUUCCUGUGAAUUCAGUAUAUUAUCUGUAUUAUGUUUAAAAUUUGGUUAUAGUGUAAAGAAAUUCACUGUAAACCAUUUUGUGUGUGUGCGUGUGUGUAUGUAUGUGUGUGUGCGUGUGUGUGUGUCUGUUAAAGAGCGACUGCUGUAAAUCAUUGACCAAAUAUGAAUGUUUCAUUUGCAAGUAAAUUGUACUGCAUUGCUUGUUCUAUAUUGUUUCUUUUUUUGAUUACUGUUUAAUAUAAAAAAUAAACUUUCAGCUUUUA